AUGACCAGUAAUAUUACUAAAGCGUCUACCAGUGGCGUAAACGACAGCAUAUCCACCUCGACUUCGAAUGCAGUGAAGAAUUCCAAUGCACCCACAUCAACUUCGAAUUUAUCCAAGUACUCUAACAUACCUAAUUCGAAUUCGAAUGCAGAGAGGAAUUCCAACGUACCCACCACGAACUCGAAUGGGGUGAAAAGCGAAUCUGGGAAUAACUGUUCAACAUCCUCAGCACAGAUUCAAUUUCAAUUGGAAAAAUUGACGAAAGAGCAACUGUUAUUAGCAAUUGACGCCGAGCCAGAAGAAGAUAUACCACUCCCGAGCAUUCAGCCGUCGCAGUCGGAGACGAAGAUCGAAGUUAAGACACUGGUGAACUCAGCUGUAGUGAAAGCUUUCAAUGAAGCUGAGAAGGCAAAGAUGUCACAACGGAGAAUUGAACAGACUGAGUUAGUUACGGUAGUCUGCCCGGGAAAACGAUGGAAAUUUCGCGUUGCAGCUGACCCCGAUGAUGCCAUUGGCUGCAUCGGUUUCAUUCUUGGCAUCGAUAAACUGAUACCACGCACGUUUAAAGUUGAAAGCAACGAUUUGAUAAGUCAGCGCCCUGUUAGUGAAGUCGAACGUAUGGGUGGAAUUGAAACCGAUGUAUAA